AUGGUGCGCAGCCCGUUUGGACUGUGCGCCCGUCACCAGCUGACGUAUAGAAGCAAUGCCGUCAAGUUCUGCGUUAACGCUCAUGCAGCGUUUCUUCAGGUUUUGGUAAGCGCCAGCACCGUGACUCUACCUGAAACCUUGCUGUUUGUAUCCACACUGGAUGGAAGCUUACAUGCAGUCAGCAAGAGGACAGGCUCGAUCAAAUGGACUUUAAAAGAAGAUCCGGUCCUGCAGGUCCCAACACACGUGGAAGAGCCUGCCUUCCUCCCAGAUCCCAAUGAUGGAAGCCUGUACACACUCGGGGGCAAGAAUAACGAAGGCCUGACGAAACUUCCUUUUACCAUCCCAGAGUUGGUGCAGGCAUCUCCUUGCCGAAGCUCAGAUGGGAUUCUCUACAUGGGUAAGAAGCAGGACAUCUGGUAUGUCGUCGACCUCCUGACUGGUGAGAAGCAGCAGACUUUGUCAUCAGCCUUCGCAGAUAGUCUCUGCCCGUCGACCUCCCUUCUGUAUCUCGGACGGACAGAGUACACCAUCACCAUGUAUGACACCAAAACCCGAGAGCUCCGCUGGAACGCCACCUACUUUGACUAUGCGGCCUCACUGCCCGAGGAUGAUGGUGACUACAAGAUGUCCCACUUUGUGUCUAACGGCGAUGGGCUGGUGGUGACUGUGGACAGUGAAUCUGGGGACGUCCUGUGGAUCCAAAACUAUGCCUCCCCCGUGGUGGCCUUCUAUGUCUGGCAGCGGGAGGGCCUGAGGAAGGUGAUGCACAUCAAUGUUGCUGUGGAGACCCUGCGCUACCUGACCUUCAUGCCUGGGGAGGUGGGCCGUAUCACGAAGUGGAAGUACCCAUUUCCCAAGGAGACUGAGGCCAAGAGCAAGCUGACGCCCACCCUGUAUGUUGGGAAGUACUCCACCAGCCUCUACGCCUCACCCUCCAUGGUGCACGAGGGGGUCACCGUUGUGCCCCGGGGCAGCACACUCCCUUUGCUGGAAGGCCCCCAAACCGAUGGUGUCACCAUUGGGGACACAGGUGAGUGUGUGAUCACACCCAGCACGGACCUCAAGUUUGACCCUCGCCUCAAAGGGAAGAGCAAGCUGAAUUACCUGAGGAACUACUGGCUGCUCAUAGGACACCAUGAAACCCCGCUGUCUGCCUCUACCAAGAUGCUGGAGAGAUUCCCCAACAACCUGCCCAAACAUCGGGAAAAUGUGAUUCCUGCUGACUCGGAGAGAAAGAGCUUUGAGAAGGUUAUCAACCUGGUUGACCAAACUUCAGCAAACGCACCCAGCACCGUGUCCCCGGAUGUGGAGGAGCAGCUGGCUCGUGCGCCCGCCAAACCCGAGGCGCCUGUGGACUCCACGCUCAAGGACGUGGCCACCAUCAUCCUGAGCACCUUCCUACUGGUCGGCUGGGUGGCCUUCGUCAUCUCCUACCCCCUGAGCAUGCACCAGCAGCGGCAGCUCCAGCACCAGCAGUUCCAGAAGGAGCUGGAGAAGAUCCAGCUCCUGCAGCAGCAGCAGCAGCUGCAGCUGCCCUUCCACCCGCCUGGAGAGCUGAUGCAGGACGCCGAGCUCCUGGACACCUCCAGCCCUUACUCAGAGAGCUCAGGGACCAGCAGCCCCAGCCCGUCCCCCAGAGCCUCCAACCACUCGCUCCAUUCCAGUGGCUCUGCCUCCAAGGCUGGCACCAGCACCUCCCUGGAGCAGGAUGACGAGGAAGAGGAAACCAGCAUGGUGAUAGUUGGAAAAAUUUCAUUCUGUCCCAAAGAUGUGCUGGGCCAUGGAGCUGAGGGCACCAUUGUGUACCGGGGCAUGUUUGACAGUCGAGACGUGGCUGUGAAGAGGAUCCUGCCCGAGUGUUUCAGCUUUGCAGCCCGCGAGGUCCAACUGCUGCGGGAGUCGGACGAGCACCCCAACGUGAUCCGCUACUUCUGCACGGAGAGGGACCGGCAGUUCCAGUACAUCGCCAUCGAGCUGUGUGCGGCCACCCUGCAGGAGUACGUGGAGCAGAAGGACUUCGCCCACCUUGGCCUGGAGCCCAUCGCCUUGCUGCAGCAGACCACCUCGGGCCUGGCACAUCUCCACUCCCUCAACAUCGUUCACAGAGAUCUGAAGCCCCACAAUAUCCUGCUCUCCAUGCCCAAUGCACACGGCAGGAUCAAGGCCAUGAUCUCGGACUUUGGCCUCUGCAAGAAGUUAGCAGUGGGCAGGCACAGUUUCAGCCGCCGAUCUGGGGUGCCAGGCACCGAGGGCUGGAUUGCCCCCGAGAUGCUGAGCGAAGACUGCAAGGAGAACCCUACCUACACGGUGGACAUCUUCUCCGCAGGCUGUGUCUUUUACUACGUUGUCUCCGAGGGCAGCCACCCUUUCGGCAAGUCAUUGCAGCGGCAGGCCAACAUCCUCCUGGGCGCCUACAGUCUUGACUGCUUCCACCCCGAGAAGCACGAAGAUGUCAUUGCCCGUGAGCUGAUAGAGAACAUGAUCGCGAUGGACCCCCAGCAGCGGCCCUCGGCGAAGCACGUGCUCAAGCACCCCUUCUUCUGGAGUGUGGAAAAGCAGCUCCAGUUCUUUCAGGAUGUGAGUGACCGAAUAGAAAAGGAGUCCCUGGACGGCCCGAUCGUGAGGCAGCUGGAGAGGGGCGGGCGAGCCGUGGUGAAGAUGGAUUGGCGUGAGAACAUCACCGUGCCCCUCCAGACAGAUCUGCGUAAAUUCAGAACCUACAAAGGUGGCUCUGUCAGAGAUCUCCUGCGAGCCAUGAGGAACAAGAAGCACCACUACCGGGAGCUGCCUGCGGAGGUGCAGGAGACCCUGGGCUGCCUCCCUGACGGCUUCGUGCGCUACUUCACCUCGCGCUUCCCCCACCUCCUCGCACACACCUACCGGGCCAUGGAGCUGUGCAGCCACGAGAGACUCUUCCAGCCCUACUACUUCCACGAGCCCCCCGCGCCGCAGCCCCCAGGGACUCCAGAUGCCCUCUGAGCCGCGGCGCCCCUUCUGUUCCAGUGGCCCCAGUUGUGACAGCGGGCCUGGUCUCUAGCCUGGAGCUCGACAUCACCCUAGCCUAGCGGGCAGACCAGGCUUCCCAAACCAAGUGCCUUGAGCUGCGCCGUCUGCGGCCAGCAGAGGGGGAUGCUGCCCCCAGGAGGUGGGAGAAGCCGCCCUGGAGGCCCCUGGGGAGCUGGGAGGAAGCUGGCCUUGGAAGCUGCUCUCUAGAUGUCUGCAGAGGCUGGCUCGCCUGAGCUGUGAAAGGAGCCCUGCUGACCUGCUGGACGCCUCGCCAAGACUUAGGGCUGUGUGCAGUUCCUGUUUGAUAUCCGCCUGUGGACCUCCCGGGCAGGGAGUAGAAGAGUCCUAGGUUUUGGCUGCUGCAGGCUGGGCCGCAGGAAGUGCAGCCUUGGCUGGGUGGGGGCUCAGGCAGCAAGGUCCUGAGGAGGGGGAUGUUCAGAGGUGGAGCCUCGCGGCCCAGAGGGUGGCAGAAGGCAUGAGUGACGUCAGGGACUGGCCAGCGAUGGAUGGCUGCAGGCCGUAGACAGGUCUGCGGGUCUCGGGGAGAGGAGGAGGAUGCUCUGUUCAGGAGGCAGCGCCAGCGCGUAACACUGGUGGCCUGAGCAGUAGUCUGUGGUGGGUCAUGUCCUGGGCCACCAGGCAGGAGAGAAAGAGGUUGCUGCCCACUAGCAAGGGCAGCCAAGACCACAGGGCCAAGUCUGGGGGGUGAGUGGGGGCAGCUGAGUAGGGGCCCCCAGCCACCAACAGGAGCGCCUGAGCUGCUGGGGGGUCGGGCUGCUCCAUCUGUGGCAGCAGGUCGGGACACUCGUGCAGAGUCCGGCCCAGGGCUUGGGAGCCGCAGCCAGAGGACUCUGGGCUGUGUGGGCCAGCGUUUGUGCUCCUCCUGCGAAUGUUAACAGCUGCAUUUUGAUCAGACCGUAGAAUGCUAAGCUAGCGUAAGUCACUUAACAGGAACUUACUUGUGAAGAAGAAAUGUGGGAUAUGAGAUCUUCUGUUUCGUGUGGUACCAAAAAUCUCUGUCCCCUCCAGAGGGUCCCGUUGAGAUCUCCUUGUGAUGCUGAAGGGCGAGACAGUCUAGCAGCACUGUAAACAUAUUAAUGUCAAAGUAACGCUCCUUAAGUUAGGCCACUUUUUUUUCUCUAAAAUUAAGUUUUUUAACUUUAGUUUCAGUCAAAACUUCUUUUCCCUCCUGAGAGCCCCAGAGGUUAGGACACAGCCGGCCCGAGGGAGGCAGUGCUGUGCGUCUGCUGCUUCCGCGGAGAGGUCGCUGCCGUGCAGCCCCCCAAGAGGAGCCUCAGUUCCACUGAUCCAAGCAAGCGUGGCAUCGGCAGCUUGGGGCACUGACAGAGUCGCUCCCGCUUCCUCCUGAGGAGGUUUUCAGACUGUUUGUGUCAGGGCUCCUCAUCCAAAGCUUGUUCUGCCUCUGAGGAAUUCAGGCCACUCUCAGAAAGGCCACAAUGACCUUUUUCUUAAUGCCAAUAGAUCCUGCACCUUUGAAACUCAGGAGUGACCCUGCGUAGGCCUUGGGACCGACCACGGCCUUUUGCUGGGCUUCCUUGGCUUCUCUGAUUGCGUGUUCAUCUUCCGGGUUCGUGGCCAGGCUGGGUUUUCUUUUGCUUUGAUACAUCUCUGCCAGUUGUGCCUUCCACAGGGCCCUCCACACGGCUCCAGGUUGCUGUGCCUUGGGUCAGAGGUGACAGCCCUGGAGAGCGCAGGGACGAGGGAGGUGCCGUGUGUCAACCAGCAGGACUGCCACGGCACUGCAGCUCACCGUGUGCUUGCGGAUGUUUUCUCUCCAGGAAGUGCCCGGGUGAUUUCUAGCAGCCCAGUUUGUUGUCAUCUCCCCAUUUUUAGCCCAGUUUGCCUGGAGUCAGUUUUUCAGGUUCCUUUUCCGCUCACCAAAUGGAUUCAUUUCCCAGACUCCUUUACUCCAUGUAUUUUAGUUGAGGAUGGACUGCAGUAAGGUGGGCAGGUCCUGGGGUACCGGGACAACCAAGAGCCAGGCAGCCCCGCCUCUACUUUCGGAAGGCUUCUGGUGGGACAGCGCAUAGCCCCGGCAGCGGAGAAGGGCACGUGUGUGAGGUCCGCACAUCUGCCUUGACAUGCCCGCAUCCGUGUCCACCGGCCCUGGGCCGGUCCCUUUGCCUGUUGUCUCUGCUCACCUCAGGACCCAGGCGCAGUCAGCCCUCCAGCUUGGUCUCACAGACACGUUUUGCCAUCUGGUGCAUCCCCCAGAGCCUGGAAUCCCAGGUCCCUGCUGCGCUCAUCAAGGGCAGCUCUGCAACCUUGCACCCCUGCUUCCAGCUGCGGGGCUCUGGGGUUCUGGAAGGCUGACUGUAUGCCAUCGCCCUCCUCGGGACAAUGCCAAGUUGUACCUGCUGGGAGUCACAGAACCUUAUAAUUUAUUUGGGUCUCGUCUAGACCCACGUGCGGAACCCUCCUGUCCGCGCACCCGAACCCUUCUCUAGUUGCUUCUUGAGUCUUUUGUUGCAAUUGUUGAAAGUGCUGCAUGUCAUGAGGCCCCAAAGCACUUGCACUUUUAAGAACACCGGAGUCCCCUGCCCAGUUGCGGGGCGUCUGGGGCAUGGCUGCGAGGCCUGGGCCUGGGGCUCUGCUCUCUGUCCCCUCUGUGAAGCAGCACUGGCCAGUCACCUGCCAGCAGCACACAGAGCAGUAGGUCCAGCAAAAUGCUUGCUUCCAGCUCCAGGAGAGGCUGUGUGUGUGCUCAGCGAUCAGUUACCCCUGGUGGCUCCCUGUCACUGCAGGAAGAGAAGCAUACUGGCUGCUGAGGGAAGUGUCCACAGGGCCACUCUCCAGCAGCUGGCCCUGGGCCCAGGGUGGUCUUCCCCCUGUUGACAUUCUCCAUCUGUUCCCUGGAUCCUUAUCUCUGUUGUUGUCACUUGUUGGUCAGCGGGUAUCAGGAGAGGUGGUGGGAGAGGAAGUGUCGCAGCCCUGGAAGGCGCCUCUUUCCUUCCCGUUUGCCUGCUCCCAUGGUGUCUCCCGCUGUGCCCCCGGGCCCCAGGCGCAGGGUAUUCACUGGCAGCCUUGGCCUUUCCUGGAAGGAGGUCAACGGUCACCCUGCGCAGGAGCCCAGCUUCUUCCUUCAGGGUUGGGUCCUUAAUCGUUUAAGCCCAAGUGUCUGUUCUGUUCCUGUUUUCUAUUGUCUUUAUGAAGCAGUAAUUUUCCAGGAGGGACUCGGGCUCUGGUGUGUGUUUCAGUGCCUCAGUCCUGUCUGUAUUCACUGGAAGCUUGCAGUGGAUAUAGCUGCCUCGAGCUGCCCGCUGGCAGCCUGCCCCACGCUGGGAGCAGUGGUCCUUCCCAGGACCCCCAGGCUGCGCUGGGGCAGCCCCACACCCCUGAGCUGUGCUGGUCAGCUGCGUGGCGUUCUCGCGCAUGACCCUUGUGUGCUGUUCUUUUUUGCAGUGACCUAUUUAUUGAACCUAUUUAUAUUUAUUUAAUUUUUACUCUGAAGUAUAUCGAGUUACAUUUGCACUUGCUUAAAAGCACAUCAGAUCCGGUUUGGACGACACCCCUGGCCACUUAGAACUGGAAAAGGAAGAGUUAAACUGUAUCCUAGCAUGACAUGGUCGCCAUGUCUUUACUGGGUGAAUAAUCUGGUCGGGUAAAAUGCUAAUUUGUAGGUGAUUUUUUUUUUUUUAAGUCAUGUGCCAUUGUGUCUUCUCUGUGGAUGGUUGUUUUAAUUGAUGUGUGUUAAUUGUGUGAUACAAUCCUUCUUUGUGGAACCUAAAAUCUUUUUAGCUUUAUAUUUUAUGAACUGCCAGAUUUUUAUGUGUAUUUUUAAAGCUUGAUGAUAUGAGGGUUGUUAUCUAAAGCUAAAGUUCUAUUUUUGUACUUUCUGUACAGUUUUAUAAUUCUGCUGAUUGAUGAUGGGAUCUGAUGCUGAGCCAACACAAAUAAAGGUAGUCUUAGGUCUGGGA